AUGGCAAAACGAAGAGACUUGUCCAGUAUAGUGGUGGCGUGUGAAUGGAACUCUUGCACUUACAAGGGACGGAGCAUGGAGGAACUCAGCGAUCACAUGUCCCAACACCUGAAGGAGCACUUGGGUGAUGGAGAUACCAUGGAAGAACUUGAUGACUAUGCCUGUCUGUGGAAGGGCUGCGAGUUCCUAGCCAUCGGGAGUCCUGAUGAGCUUGUCGCUCAUGCCCAUUUUCACAUAUUUCAUGCCAAGCUCAAGUUCAUUGGGACCCAGUUGCUGCAGUCACAUCCAGAACUGCCCAGCUGCACUCAAGACCUUCACAGUAACAACCUGGUCCCAGAUCUCUCUGGAGGCUUUGUGUGUCAGUGGGAGCACUGUGAUAGUACAUUCAACAACCCAGAGUGGUUCUAUCGUCAUGUGGAUAUGCAUGCACACUGCACUGAAUUGCAGCCACUCCCAGACCAAAAACAGGCCCUUUUCUGCAGCUGGAAAGGCUGUGAUGCCUUUUUUAAGAUAAAGUAUCGGUUGCGUGAGCACCUACGUAGCCACACACAGGAGCGGUUAGUGGCUUGUCCUACCUGUGGGUGCAUGUUCUCCAGUAACACCAAAUUUUUUGACCACAUCCACAGACAAGCAGAGCCAGAAGAGUCCCUGGUUUGUGAACAUUGUGACAAAGGCUUUGCCAAUGAGAGACUGUUGAGAGACCAUGUUCGUCAGCACGUGAAUCACAUAAAAUGUCCUUUGUGUGACAUGACUUGCACUUCUCUUGCCACCCUGAAGAUCCACAUCAAAUUCCGUCACUGUGAUGAACGUCCGUUCCCAUGCGACUUCUGCGAGAGCAGUUUUAAGAACCAGCAUGAUCUGCGGAAGCACAUGGAAACUCAUAAUGAGGGAGCAGCUUAUCACUGCACGGUGGAAGGGUGUGGGUACUCCUCCCGCAUGGCUCACACGAUGAGCCAACACUACAAGAGAGUACACGAGGGUACCAUGGUAUCGAGGUAUAAAUGUCACCUCUGUGACAAGACGUUCUCCUGGUGUUACACUCUCACACUUCACCUUCGCAAGAAACAUCAGCUGAAAUGGCCUUCUGGGCAUGCACGUUUCAGAUAUAAGGAAGAUGAAGACGGCUACCUGCGGCUAAACAUGGUGCGUUACGAGACAGUGGAGGUCACAGAAGAAAUCAUGAAAAACAUGGCCAAAAAACGCACCCCUCGCAAGGUGUCGGGAUCAAACGGCCAGGCCAAGCGGCCAAACGCGCAAGCAGAAAAUGCUCACGGUGCUUCCCCCCACUCUUCCUCCCCGUCUUCCUCCUCCUCCUCUUCCUCCUGCAUCUCGGAGCUCCUGGAUCAGGCCGACGCGGCCGGCCCUUUGACGGAGGACGCCGCUGCACCUGUGUACUGCGUGCUGAACACAGUGACAGAGGUGGGCGGAGAUCCGGAGGCCAGCCAGGACGCCGUCAGGUCCAACGAGUCAUCGGGGGCCGUCAGGGCUCUGACGGAGGUGGCCAGAAGCCUGGGCAUGGAUGUCCUGUGA